AUGGUGGGAAAGGAAGGCAAAGGACGGAGUAGCGAUGAUUCCAUGUGCACCGCAGCUCUGCAGCAACGAGUACAAAGAAAGAUCUUUGCUGGCUAGGGCUCUUCUCCAGAUUCCUGCUACUGCUGUGCAAGGCUGCGCAUGUCCUAACUCCAGAAAGCAAACUGUUUUUUCUCUCCUUCGUCGAGUCUCUGCAAGAGAGCUACGGGAAUGUCUCUCUCAACUUCCGCUUUGCGAUGCUGCUUUCGCCCCCUUCCUACUUUUCUCUUCCGGUGCUCAUGUUUCCUCGCACAUUUCUCUACCCGAUCUGGACUGUGCAACCUGUGUUCCGAGGCUGGAGUGAGGAGAGAGUCUUUCCAGUUUAGUUUCACUAGCUGACAAGCUAUCUGAAGGCAGUGUAUGUAUGAGGACUUCUCUCAACAGCCAUAGAUGGUUGCGUUUUAGCACAGAAAUCCAGAUGUAUAAUGUCUUUCCAUUCUGGACGAGGGUGUCCCCGGGGCCGAGGAGGAGCUGCAGUCAGAACUUCGCCACAAACCUUUCGUCCCCAAAACUUGAGACAGCUCCAUCCUCAGCAGCCGUCAGUGCAGUAUCAAUAUGACCAACAAACUGCCACCCCAUCUACCUACUCAAAUCCUCCAGCUACAAGCUACGUCCCUCCGAGGCCAGAUUUUGUUCCGUACCCACCACCAAUCCCCCCCUCACCCCAGAGUUCCAUCAGCCAGUGUCCCCUGAGACCCCCUUUUGCAGGCCACCAAGUGAGGCAGACCUUUCCACUCCCUCCUUGCUUCCCUCCGGCUCCACCACCUCUCCCAAAUCCUGGCAACCCCCCAGUACCAGCAAAUGCAUCUGGGCAAAACACAUUUCCCUAUAUGAUGCCGCCUCCAUCCAUACCACAUCCCCUUCCACCGCCUAUCAUGCCUCAACAGGUUAAUUAUCAGCCCGUGUACUCCCCAGCUUAUUCCCAGCAGACUUUCCCCCCUCCUAAUUUUAAUAGUUACCAGCCUAAUGCAAACUCUUACCAGAGCAACAAUAGCAACACGAACAAUAGCAGCAAUAGCAGCAGUAAUUUCCGGCACACAAGUCAAUAUCAAGUAGAAAAGUCCCCAAGUGAACGAAGGUCUCCAGAGAGGAGCAAGCACUAUGAUGAGCAUCGGCACCGGGACCACUGCCACGGGCAUGGAGAUCGGCACCGGGCCACUAAUCAUGGUGAUCGGCGGGAUCGAGGAAGGAGCCCAGACAGAAGGCGGCAAGAAAGUAGUCGACACAGAUCAGAUUAUGUCAGAGGAAGGACGCCACCACGCCACAGAAGUUAUGAAUGGUACAGGGAACGACAAAGGGAAAGACAUAGGCACCGUGACAAUCGACGGUCACCAUCCUCGGAGAGAUCCUACCGAAAAGAUCACAAGAGAACAGGAAGUCGAUCCCCUAGUCAAGACCGAAAGAGACCUCGCUGGGAAGAAGACAGGGACCGGUGGUCAGAAAACACCAGUAGAGAUAAGAAUUACACCUCCAUCAAAGACAAGGAGCCAGAAGAGGCUGUUGUUGAAAAAAAUGAGGAAGAUGAUGAGGACCUGUUGAAGCCUGUGUGGGUUCGCUGUACCCAUUCAGAAAGCUACUAUUCAAAUGACCCCAUGGAUCAAGUCGGAGAUUCAACCGUUGUUGGAACAAGCCGACUCAGAGAUUUAUAUGAAAAAUUUGAGGAAGACUUAGGAAAGCGGCAAGCAAAGGCCAAAGCAGCCAGACCACCAUGGGAGCCACCAAAGACCAAACUAGAUGAAGAUGUGGGUAGCUCCAGUGAUUCUGACUGCGAGUCAGAUGAUGAUAGCUGCUCUAGCAGUUCGGAUUCGGAGGUUUUUGAUGUCAUUGCUGAAAUAAAGCGCAAGAAGGCUCACCCCGAUCGGCUUCAUGAGGAGCUUUGGUACAAUGACCCUGGGCAGAUGAACGAUGGGCCUCUUUGCAAAUGCAGUGCUAAAGCCAGACGAACAGGAAUACGACAUGGAAUUUAUCCUGGGGAAGAGCCCAUUAAACCCUGCCGGCCCAUGACCAACAAUGCCGGAAGAUUGUAUCACUACCGCAUUACAGUGUCGCCUCCUACAAACUUCUUAACCGAUCGACCAACUGUAAUAGAGUAUGAUGACCAUGAAUACAUCUUUGAAGGGUUUUCCAUGUUUGCACAUGCUCCACUCACCAAUAUCCCUCUGUGUAAAGUAAUCAGAUUUAACAUCGAUUAUACAAUUCAUUUCAUUGAGGAAAUGAUGCCUGAAAAUUUUUGUGUGAGAGGGCUGGAAUUAUUCUCUUCAUAUCUCUUCAAAGAUAUUCUAGAACUCUAUGACUGGAAUCUUACAGGUCCUUUAUCAGAAAGCUGUGAUGCUUCCUGUCCACGAUUUCAUUUCAUGCCACGUUUUGUAAGGUUUCUCCCGGAUGGAGGGAAGGAAGUGCUAUCUAUGCAUCAGAUCCUUCUUUAUUUGUUACGAUGUAACAAGCCAUUGGUCCCUGAGGAGGAGAUUGCCAAUAUGCUGCAAUGGGAGGAGCUUGAGUGGCAGAAAUAUGCCGAAGAAUGCAAAGGAAUGAUAGUUACCAGCCCUGGCAUGAAACCCAGCUCAGUUCGUAUUGAUCAAUUGGAUCGUGAGCAGUUCAACCCUGAUGUGAUUACUUUCCCCAUUAUUGUCCACUUUGGGAUACGACCUGCUCAACUGAGCUAUGCUGGAGACCCGCAGUACCAAAAACUCUGGAAGAGCUAUGUGAAACUGCGCCAUCUGCUGGCCAACAGUCCCAAAGUGAAACAGGCAGAUAAACAGAAAUUAGUGCAAAGAGAGGAAGCACUGCAGAAGAUCAGACAGAAAAAUACCAUGCGACGUGAAGUGACUGUUGAACUGAGUAGCCAAGGAUUCUGGAAAACUGGCAUUCGCUCAGAUGUCUGUCAGCAUGCCAUGAUGCUUCCUGUCCUAACCCACCACAUUCGCUAUCAUCAAUGUCUGAUGCAUUUGGAUAAACUGAUCGGUUAUACUUUUAAGGACCGGUGCUUAUUGCAGCUUGCAAUGACUCACCCAAGCCAUCACUUAAACUUUGGGAUGAAUCCAGACCAUGCAAGAAACUCUUUAUCAAAUUGUGGGAUCCGCCAGCCCAAAUAUGGUGAUAGAAAAGUCCAUCAUAUGCAUAUGAGGAAAAAAGGCAUAAACACCCUGAUCAAUAUUAUGUCACGUCUUGGACAAGAUGACCCAGCUCCUUCCAGGAUUAACCAUAAUGAACGUUUGGAAUUUUUGGGAGAUGCUGUGGUUGAGUUCUUAACUAGCGUCCAUUUGUACUAUCUCUUUCCAAGCCUAGAGGAAGGAGGGUUAGCAACAUAUCGCACUGCCAUCGUUCAGAACCAACAUCUUGCCAUGCUAGCUAAGAAGCUGGAGCUGGAUCGAUUUAUGCUUUAUGCUCAUGGACCUGAUCUUUGCCGAGAAUCAGACCUGCGCCAUGCAAUGGCCAACUGCUUUGAAGCACUGAUAGGGGCAGUUUACUUAGAGGGAAGUCUUGAAGAAGCCAAACAACUAUUUGGACGCCUGCUCUUUAAUGGCAAGGACCUGCGGGAAGUAUGGCUUAAUUAUCCACUACACCCUCUCCAACUGCAAGAAUCUAAUACUGACCGACAACUGAUUGAGACAUCUCCCGUCCUCCAGAAAUUGACCGAGUUUGAGGAGGCCAUUGGAGUAAUUUUUACUCAUGUUCGACUUCUUGCACGGGCUUUCACUUUAAGAACUGUGGGAUUUAACCAUCUAACUCUGGGCCACAAUCAGAGGAUGGAAUUCUUAGGUGAUUCCAUAAUGCAGUUGGUGGCUACAGAAUACUUAUUCAUACAUUUUCCAGAUCAUCAUGAAGGCCAUUUAACGUUGCUGCGAAGCUCCUUGGUCAACAACAGGACACAGGCCAAAGUAGCGGAAGAACUGGGCAUGCAGGAAUUUGCCAUUACGAACGACAAGACCAAACGGCCUGUUGCCUUACGGACAAAGACACUAGCAGAUCUUUUGGAGUCCUUCAUUGCUGCUCUGUACAUAGACAAGGAUUUAGAAUAUGUCCACACCUUCAUGAAUGUGUGUUUUUUUCCACGACUGAAGGAAUUUAUUUUGAACCAGGACUGGAAUGACCCCAAGUCCCAGCUCCAGCAAUGCUGCUUAACUCUCAGAACAGAAGGGAAGGAGCCAGACAUUCCUCUGUAUAAGACUCUGCAAACAGUAGGACCUUCUCAUGCCAGGACAUACACGGUCGCUGUUUAUUUCAAAGGGGAAAGAAUAGGAUGUGGUAAAGGACCCAGCAUUCAACAAGCAGAAAUGUGUGCUGCAAUGGAUGCACUGGAAAAAUAUAACUUUCCUCAGAUGGCCCAUCAGAAGCGGUUCAUUGAACGGAAGUACAGGCAAGAGCUUAAAGAAAUGAGGUGGGAAAGAGAACAUCAGGAAAGAGAGCUGGAGGAGACGGAAGAUAUAAGGAAAUGAAUCAAUGCCAUGCAAGCAAUGGUGUAUUUGCUUGCUUAAUACCUUUGAUGGUGGCCUAUGGAGACCUAGCCUUGUUUGAUGUUGAAUGAAUUAAUGAAGACUGCUCAUUGGUUAUCAAAAUCAUGUUUUAUUAUUUUUUUAAGAAUGUGCUGUGUUUUAUUCUAAUUUUUAGCUGUAAAGUUUUAUUAAUUGGGCUUUAAAAUUAUUUUAAUAUACUUCCUGAAGAAUUGUGUUUUUAUUUUCUGGCUUGUUUAUGUGAAACAAUAAAGUGUUCUUUUCAGAAUCCAUAAAAUUCUAAAAAGAGAA